AUGGCCGCCUCCAUAAGAGCCAAUUGCAGAAAGGUGAUUUGCAUCGGCCGGAACUAUGCCGAUCACAUUACGGAACUCAACAACGCUAAGCCCAAGCAGCCUUUCUUCUUUCUGAAGCCCCCGUCCUCUAUUCUUCUGCCGCGCGAGGGACCCAUUCUGCGUCCCAAGGGAGUCAGCCUGCACUAUGAGGUGGAAUUGGCGCUGGUGAUGGGCAAGACGGUUCGGGAUCUGGACCCGAACGAUGAGAAGGGUGCCCUGGAUGCGAUUCGCAGCUACCUCGUCGCCAUUGACAUGACCGGCCGUAACGUCCAAGACGAGGCAAAGAAGAAGGGCCUCCCCUGGUCUAUCGCCAAGGGCUUUGACACUUUCCUGCCCAUUUCCGAAGAGAUCCCCAAGUCGCGCAUUCCCGAUCCCCACAAUGCCUUCUUGCGCCUCAGCGUCGGCUCCCAGCUCCGCCAGGCAGAUUCCACCGGUCUCAUGCUCUACCGGAUCCCCAGGCAGCUGGCAGAGAUCUCGCGCGUUAUGACGCUGGAGAAGGGCGAUCUGGUUCUGACUGGUACCCCCAAGGGAGUCGGAGAGGUCAAAGCCGGUGACGUGAUGAAGGCGUCCAUCGAGGUGGACGGGAAGGAGAUCGAGGAGGGCAGAAUCGAGGUGGAGGUGAAGGAUCGCGAGGGCAGAUAUGUGUACAGUGAGACGUGA